GUUCCCGCUUUUUGUCUUUGCCCAUGGCAUGUCACAGGGAGCUCGAGGGGAGCUCCGAGCUACUUUUGACCUCUGUGCAUCUUCACUUCCUGAACCCAUGCAACUUCAUCUACAGUCGUUGGAAUCGAGGUCCAAAGUCAACAUGGCCAAGAGAAUAUACUUUCUGGCCCAUGGCGGUCAAGUACAAGGUGUCGGAUUCCGGUACUUUACGCAGAAGAGAGCCACUGAGUAUGGUCUCACGGGAUGGUGUCGCAACACUGAUAACAAUAAGGUUGAGGGUGAAGCGCAAGGCGACGAGGAUGCGCUGAAGAAGUUACUCAAGGACAUUGACGAGGGACCGAGAUCGGCUAGGGUCGUCAAGCUUGACCAGGAGGAAAGAGAUGUUGUUCCAGACGAGAAGGACUUCGCCGUUCGGCGAUGAGUUGCGGCCUGGGUGACUUAUUUGGGAUGAAGAGUGCUGUGGUAGUAUGGAGACCUUGGAUGGUGAAAAGGAGCAAAACAACGGCACUUUACCUAUGUUACAGCUGUAGAAUCCUGAAGUGUCUGUUCAACUUUCCUUGCCUAAAGGUAACUUCGCUCAACCAAUGAUACGAGGAGCAUAUUCCAGUGACAAUUGGCUUGAAAGGGUAUCAAUUACACUUGCGGCGGAUGUAUGAUUAGGGAAACUUGCCCUCGUUCUUGAUCAGAUAGAACGGC